UCAGAGAUCCGCAAAACGCCUAUAUAAAGUGGAAACUAAUUUCUACUGUGUACCCAAAUUAAAAAACACACAAACGCACAAAAACAAAAGCCAAAGAAAGAGCGAGAGAGCCAGAGUGAGAAAUGGGGAGGUGGGCGAUAGCCGUGCAUGGAGGCGCUGGUGUGGACCCAAAUCUCCCGCUAGAGCGUCAGGAGGAGGCCAAGCAACUCCUAACUCGCUGCCUCAAUCUGGGUAUCUCUGCUCUUCGCUCCAAUCUCCCCGCCAUUGACGUCGUUGAACUCGUUGUGAGGGAACUAGAAAGCGAUCCUCUUUUUAAUUCUGGUCGAGGAUCCGCCCUAACUGAGAAUGGAACGGUGGAGAUGGAAGCUAGCAUUAUGGAUGGACCCAAGAGAAGAUAUGGCGCCGUAUCAGGUUUAACCACCGUUAAGAACCCAAUCUCUCUCGCCAAACUUGUGAUGGAGAAGUCUCCUCAUUCCUAUCUCGCCUUUUCUGGAGCAGAGAAGUUUGCCAGACAACAGGGUGUGGAAUUGGUGGAAAAUGACUACUUCAUCACCAAGGAAAAUGUGGAGAUGCUAAGAUUGGCAAAGGAAGCCAAUUCCAUCGUGUUUGAUUAUAGGAUCCCUUUGGAGACUUGCAGGGCUAUUGCAACUACAACCAUGGAUAAUCCUUUGCAAAUGAUGAAUGGCCUCCCAAUCAACGUAUAUGCGGCAGAGACAGUAGGAUGUGUAGCUGUGGACAGCGAGAGCCGGUGUGCUGCCGCAACAUCAACAGGUGGGCUAAUGAACAAAAAGACAGGUCGUAUAGGUGACUCACCCUUGAUUGGUGCGGGGACCUAUGCAUGCGAGCUUUGUGGAGUUUCAUGCACAGGGGAAGGUGAAGCCAUCAUCCGUGGGACCCUAGCCCGAGAUGUGGCAGCUGUGAUGGAAUAUAAAGGGUUGGGGCUACAAGAGGCAGCAGAUUUUGUGAUAAAUGAGAGACUUGAUGAAGGAAUUGCAGGAUUGAUAGCGGUGUCUAAAAAUGGAGAAGUGAUUUGUAGGUUUAAUUCGAAUGGAAUGUUCAGAGUAUGUACUAAUGAAGAUGGGUUCAUGGAGGUUGGCAUUUGGUGAUUAGCUAGUUUUCUUUUUAUUCCUUUUUGCUUUGGUGAUGCUUUGUGUGUGAUAAAGCAUACCUUUGUGCUAAUUUAGUAGAAAUAAAAAUAGAAGUGUUAUAUAUGCAAUCAUUAGAACUAUGCAUUUUGAAAUAAAGAUUGUCCAUUAUUUUUUGUCA